UUGCAGUAUAAACAAAAAACAGUUUUCUAAAUUGACUCUUUAAUGAUGUAUUUUUGCAAAGCUAUCUUCACUACUUCAAUUUUGGCGUUUUUAUUCCUUACUCCGAUAUCUGCAGGUAUCACUGAGGAGCAGAUGUGGGCCACUGCCAAAUUAAUGCGUGAUGUGUGCUUACCAAGAUUUCCGAAAAUUAACAUCGAACUCGCAAAUCAAUUGCGCGACGGCAACAUACCAGACGACAAUAAAGAUGUUAAAUGCUAUAUUAAUUGUGUUUUAGAAAUGAUGCAAACGAUGAAAAAGGGUAAGUUCCUGUACGAAGCGUCGUUGAAGCAAGUUGAUAUAGUUUUACCCGACUCUUAUAAAGACGAUUACCGCGCCGGUCUACUUAAAUGCAAGGACGCAAGUGCUGGCAUAAAGAAAGACAACUGUGAAGCGGCAUACACAAUUCUGAAGUGUUUGCGUGGUGAAAUUAAAAAAUUUAUAUUCCCUUAA